CUCUCCCGAUGCAGAGACUUAUUCCGACUCUAGUCCCUGCGUACGCAUGCCUAGAGGGUACCAAGAUGCACUUUUUGAACUUAGGGACUCUGAAUGUCGAUGAAGGAAGGGAUCUAAUGUUAAUUGCUGGAUUGAUUUACCACCCUGAUAUAGGUCUCAUUCUUUUCGAGUGCGGGGCCGCGGAAGACGUAUAG